UUUCCCGGUCGAAACACGCACAGAUGAUGCGAGCUCGGCGGGCGCUUCCUCGGCUGCGGGUGAGAGGAAUGGACAGACACCGUGGCACGGAGGAAGGAAUCAAAACAGCGGCUAUGUGGUAGUGCUGUAAGCAGUCCGGGACCCGACACCCGUGCGUGAAGGUAGAGUCAAGGUGCUAAAAAUCGAAGCUCGCUCAUAAAAAUGUAAGUGGCAAAACUGCGCGUUAUUAGGAACUUUCAUGACCAAUUUAGCGGAAGCUUACCGAUGCAUGCGCCACCUAUAUACGGCACUGAACAAGGACAAAAAAUAUUAAUGCUUCAUAUUGCUUAAUUUAACCGUACCUUUUACAUAUUCUGCUGGGCGACGCAGUCGUUCGCGCUUGUUUAAUCUUGUGCGAAUCGUUAUAAUGUUACGUUACCACAGGGUGUUGUAGAAGUGGCACGAUUUCUCAGCUGGGCGAAGACGUGCCCAGUGAAAGCGGCGCGCGGCGCUCCGAAGGCUCCGAUACGUAGACGUACAGGCGAACAUCGAGAGAGGCCGGCUGCACUCCUGCGAGCCUGAGCAGCCGUGCAGUUUUGACGCGGCGAACAGUGGCGGCGGCGCCGACGCGCCGUGAUCCCUUUCAGCGGCGAAUCGCGCCCAGGCGACGCUACGAGGGGUGAGCGACUUCAUCGAACAGCCACUGCGUCGUCGUCGGAGACAUUCUGCGGACGCAAGAGCGGCAACAGCUGCUGUGCUCCCUCGCGCCCGAUAUCGCCAUAUGUCGAGUGCCUCGUCGCCGACUCGCCGCACCGUUUCCAGCGCGCGCCUGAGCUGUGCUUCGCGUGAGGCUUCAGGUAAACUGGUGAUAGCCUCAUUGUGCGCUCAGAGUGCGCGAGUGUGUGCCCGGUCAUGCGCGCGGUGGUGUGUUCGGCGAACGCACCUGGAUUCUGUGAGCUUCACUUGUGUGUUUCAAAGUGGCUGAGGUGAAGGCGGAAGAGGGGAACCGUACUGCGCGACAGCGACGUUAUCUUGGUGGGUGCAUGAUUCAGCCAAGGGCGGACCCAUCAACGACGGCAGCGGCCACGUUUUGUUAACUCUCCCGAACCAUCGUCCCGACAUGACAGCGAUACAGCGCUCCGAGUCGGCGACCUGUGAGACCUCGAGAAGCAGGGACGGCGGUGGCUGCUGCUGCCAGGAGGAGUCCUGACCCGGCGGCCGUUGCAGCAGCAGCAGCAGCAGCAUCAGCGCGGCCGGUGGCCAUGUGGGGCCUCGGGUGAUGGGACCCCAAGGGGGAUCGAUGGGCUCCAGCGGAGGGAGCCCUGCCCGGGACGGCCUCAUCUGGGACACCGAGAACCCUGCCGUGCCGGGUUUCUCGCUCCGCGCUGCCUCCCUGGACGCCGCGCUCAGAUUCCUCAUCGACUGCUUCCUACCCAUCGGUGGCCUGGAGGACGACGACAACCGGUUUCCCUACAUCUUCCUCCUCAUGCACCAGUGGUUCAUCAAAUCUGAGAAGCUGGCACGAUGCCUUGUCGACCAAUACAUGACCAGCAAUACUCAGCAUCGAUGCGUGUUGCCAUGUGUUCAUACCCUGCAGCACUCAACGCACUGUCCCAUUUACAAGCACAAGGCACAGGUGUGCCAGGUGUUCAGAUACUGGAUGCUCAAGUUCCCCCAGCACCUGGAGGCCGAGGGCGUGGUGGCGCGGCUGGCGGCGCUGCAGUCGCGCCUGCGCCAGGAGGGCCACUCGGUGCUGGCCGACCUGGUGGACCUGACCCGGAGGCCCUCGCCGCGCUCCGAGUGGGCGCGCGCGGUCUCCGUGCGGCUGCCGCUCGCCAAGCACACGCGCAAGGUGUCGCUUGUGUUCGACCACCUCGAGCCGCGCGAGCUGGCCGACCACCUCACCUACCUGGAGCACAAGGUCAUGAAGCGCAUCACCUUCCUGGACUUCAAGCAGUACGCCGAGCAGGGCACGCUGGCAGAUAACCCUCGCCUGGAGCGCUCCAUCUCGCAGUUCAACGGCCUCUCCCAGUGGACACAGUGCAUGGUGCUCUCGCGGUCCACGCCGCAGCAGCGAGCAGACGUCGUCACAAAGUUCGUCGACGUCGCCAAGAACCUGCUGGAGCUGCAGAACUUCAGCUCCCUGAUGGCCGUCGUCGGCGGUCUGAACCACAGCGCGCUGGCGAGGCUGUCCCAGACGACCACCUGCCUGUCGGGGGAGACGAGGCGGACGCUGGCGCAGUUCGCCGCCCUGCUCUCCUCGGGGGGCAACUUCUGCAACUACCGCAAGGCACUCGCCGAGGCACGUGACUUCCGGAUACCCAUCCUCGGUGUGCACAUGAAGGACCUGAUCUCGGUGCACGUGGCGCUGCCGGACGUCGUCGACGGCAUGAUCAACCUGCGCAAGAUGGCGCAGCUGUCGCACAUAUUCCAGGAACUCUGGGAGCUGCAGCACUCGCCUCCGCCCCUCGACGUCAGCAUGGACCUCAUCAACACGCUCAAGCUCUCCCUAGACACAGCCUACACCGAAGACGAGAUCUUUGAGCUUUCUCUUGCCAGAGAGCCAAAGGCACCCAUGGUAUCUCCGUCGAAGCCGCUCGCUAUGGAAUUUGCAUCCAGAGUCCCGGAAGGAACUGACCUGGCUCUGGUCGAGAAACAGAUCUGCGAUAUGGUGGAGGAGGUGUUCCACGAGUACGACACGGACCGCGACGGCUACCUGAGCCCCGAGGACGUGGCGGCGGUGACGGGCCGCUUCCCUGCGUUGCGGGGCCUGGUGCCCGAGGAGUGCCAGCGGCGGCUGCUGGGCCGUCACGACAUUCGCCGCUUCCUGCUGCGUUCCAACUGGGCCAUGUUCCGACAUGACUUCCACGAGACCACCUACUUCCGGCCCACCUUCUGCAUACACUGCACCGGCCUGCUGUGGGGCUUGAUCAAGCAAGGCUUCAAGUGCAAGAAGUGCGGGAUCAACGCGCACAAGCACUGCCGAGAGCAGGUGCUCGCCGAAUGCCGGCCACUCACGCCGCAGGGCCCGGUGAGGAGCUCGUCCUUCUCCUCUACAGAGUGGAGCGUGCCGAGGCCCAGCCGCCACCAGCACCAACAGCAACCGCAGCAGCCGAGGCGCUUCAAGCAGAGCCGUUCGGAGAGCGAGUCGGCGCCGCUGGUCCAUCGGACCUCCGACACGCGCUGGAAGUCGGAGGACGGCAGAUCGACGGCGACCCAUUCGUACGGCCAGACGGUGCGCAACACGUGAUGCUUGUCGUCACACCACGGGGACCCUCUUUCUCUGGGCCACACCGCAGAACUGCUUGGCCCCCUUCGCUAGCUCGCCCAGCUGCCCCAUUUUCCUGCUCGCCUUGACGACUGCGAGUCUCCAGUGUUGUCUCCCCGAUGAUGGAUGCUCUCCGAAGACCUCCCCAGAAGCGCGGCCCCUCUUCUGCCAUUUCGCGUGGCGCGAUGCGUGAGUUGUUCUUCGUACCUGCGACUCGGGGCGCUACGGUGGCCCCGCCGAACCUCGCGUCGGCUGCCGGGCUCCAGCCUCGGGUGUAUAGCGUGCGCCUCGGCAGCGGUCGGUUGUGCGUCUGCCACCGGUUUGCCGAGCGCCGCAGAAGCUGAUCCAUGUGUGCCUCACAUCCUCCAGAGUGCGCUGGUGGGCCGGGUGGUCGAAAUUCUUGGUUAAGAAACUGAAAAGUCGAGAGAGCCGUUUAUGACUGAUAACACCAAAUCCAUGGCUUAGCAGCGGGAAACUCAACUUACUGGCCGCUCGGCGUAAAAAUAGGAUGCUGUUAUUUCUUGGCAGCUGCAUAAAUAAGUGCGCAUACUCUGUCAUGCUCUGUCAUUACCAGGAGCCGCAGCUGCGGCAAGAAGUGUCGUAAGCGACUGGGCUUUCUUUUUGUUGGAUUACACGUUUCUGAAAAAGACGGUAAGCGUAACAUAGUGACAAAGUUACAAUUAGAGGAGCCACGUUGUAGGUUUGCGCUUCGGUUCUUUGGAGCGGUAUCCAAACUUUCACCAAGUGGUAGGCAUAUCGAACCUGCCGCUGUGAAGCCCUAAAUUUCCUUUCUUUUUUUCUUUGUUUUGUUCGUCGGCGGAACGGCGGCAAUUGUGAAGGUUUCUUUUUCUCUCCCUCGUUAGUCACGUGUGCGCCUCGCAGAAUGUGCGGCACCCUUCCUGUCGGCUCCCGCAGCGCCUGGUAAGCCUCGCAAAUGCACAAAGAGCCACUGCAAGGGCCUUCAUUUUCUAUUCGAGUUGUUUGGAGAACGCGUGCUAUGACUACAUGACGUUGUUAGUAGGCUACAAGUGAGAGAAACGGUUUGCGGCCGAGGGUAUCCGUUCUUGACCCAUGGCUUGCGGCUAUGCGAGCAGACUAUUCGUAGCCUCGGGACGCAGCAUGUUUGUAAGGAAAGUUAAGCGCGUUUUUAACUGGUGUAAGCUGUAAUCAUGUUGACGGGACCUGCAACAAUUCAAACGAAGCCGUGUCGUCGGCCAGUGGCUUCGCCCAGUCGACGCCGAAAGCAUAGCGUCGCUUUCGCCGUUGGGGGACGAGGCGCGAGCUGUGCGGCUUUGCCGAGGAUCGCUCGCCUCCGCGUGUCCGUUCUUCGCGCUGUUGUACAUACUUGGCGUGAUAUGUGUUAGCACACUCGUUCGACUCAUCACAGACGGGCCCUGGUGUUGCCUCGUCGAAGAGUGCGUUUAUUGUUCUCUCCGCGGGCUACAGCACUCUAUCCCCUGCUUGUCACUGCCACGAUUGUCGCUGACGAACGUUGGUAUGUGAAUUAGCAUCGCUCAGUGCGAGAGACUUCGGAGGUCUGAAAAUAUUUGCUGUUGAAAAGGAUGCUACCUUGAAACCUCGCGACGCCUAUGGUAAAUAGUAACCCUGAAGGAGACUACUCCCGUCUCUACCCCCAAAUCGUCUCACCAGUGUUUAAAAGUUUAGCUGGUCGUUUGCCGUUUCACACACUUCCGACAGAUGGCGGUGACUGUCCAGACACGUAGCGGGAAUUGUUAUGUCUCGCGACGUUAAUCAUCAUAAUCAUCUCUAAACGCGAAAGCAAUUACUUGUGUCUCGUUAAAAUGUUGUCAUUCCGACGUCUCGUACUCGUCUUCUAAAACGAGUCACAUCGAUCAUUUCGUCGCCCAAGCUGUGCACUGCGCAUUCCUCGUUCUCCUCAGCGUAUCAUGGCAGUCAGAUUCGUUUCCUCGUAAUAUUCGCGGGUAUCAUCUCUCUCGCGAUAAUUAAAAUAGAGGAGUUUCUGCAAGACUGUCGUGGGAAAUCGGCGUCGUUGCAUUUCUGCUGAUUCCUAGCAGUUGUUCAUAGUCUGCUUUAAAAUUGGCACUAAGAAAGCUCAGUUGAAAUAUUCACGUGUAUGCUUUAAAGAGACCCUAAAGAGCAACAUUAAGUUAUUCUGCUUUCAUAGUAAAUCGAAAAACACGGGCGGCGUCGCCUUGGAAGUUAACCGCGCCAGCUCACCGUGACGUCACAGGUUUUAGCAGCGUCUGCCCGGGCAUAGUUGGCUCUUUGUCGUUAAAGAAGAACUGCGCUGCAUUCUUAUAAGGAACUAAAAAAACACAGUAACAGGAUUCAAGAGCCUUUAUUCCACAGAAACUGCCCGCCUACGAGAAAAUUCGUUGAAACUCUUCACGUCCAAUUGUCGUUCGAGAGCUGAAGGUUCGGCGCGAAAUUCAGAGAAUGGAAGUUUUUGCCUUGCAUUUCUCCACCAAUAAUCGAGCUUCCUCAUCCAGCUAAAUAGAGUUGUCGAAGAAUACGUUAACAUUCUAACGUAGUAAUAUGUGGCUCUUUUGCGUCCCGUUGAUAGUGAGCACUCGCGGUGUCGAAAAAAAUAAUUUGAAGCAGAACUCUGGCCCGCUCAAGCAUUUGUGUCUGAGAAAUUUUCGCGACAUUGUUUCGCUCAAUGCAGGCGAGGGCUUACUCGUGAUGCAUGGAGCCUUCGACUCUUUCGCAAUGCUGCACUUUUUUCUUAUCGCAAGAGUUCUCACGGUGACCUUCGCAUUACGUUUUUGCAUCCGAGGUCUGCAGGCAGUGUUGAUUUACCACCUCUGUUCGUAGAAUAAGGAGAUCUAAGCAUAGCUCUAUGUCGCGAGUUCCUUUCAAGACGUGUGUGUGGUAAAAUAAUUUUUUAUAGUAUCUACUUUCAGGUUUUCGUGGCCCUCAGUGCGCAAAACAGAAAUUUGUUUUUCUGUACCUCGUGAAAUGAUGGUGCACACAGAGUCAAUUUGAGCCAUUAGUUGCUACCAUGCGGCGGUAAAUACAAAUCGCUCAUUUCUAUAAAAAGAAGUGUUUCAGCACCUAUGUUCCAGUGUCCUCCGAAUGACGUGCUGAAUUCAUGUACCUGGUAUUGUCUUCGAGUUAUUUAUGUGUAAUGGCUGCUCGUUGCGACGGAAGUGCAUUGUACGGGUGCGGCUGAAAGUGUGACGCCGCUGAAGUUUUCACCGGUUUAGGUUUUCGUCACUAGCUGUGGCCGAUCGUCCAGCAGGGCAAAACGGUGGUAAUAAUCCGCACUAGACUCAGGUGCCAUUUUUCAUCGAAGUUACAGACUACAUACGAGGCCAAUCGAAUUGCUCUGUCCGGUAUUUUUUACCUCACAUAGUCUCGACCACAGCAGAUUUGCUGCGCUGCAAGAGAACACGUGCACACAGCACACUUGAGAAGCGCAUCGGGAUCCGCAGCGUCAUCGGAAAUUUGAAUGCGCGCAGGUUUUUCUGUAGCUUGUGAUCCUUUUUGACAAGAUGUAGCGAAAGAGGAGAGUGACGGUUUUGAUAUUUAAUACAUUUCUCUCUUCUCUUCCACUUAGAAUGGGGAACAAGGAAAAACUGCACAUGCUAUCGGCCAGCACAAGGCAAUGCGCACGCUAACUAUUUCAGCCUGUAGUUUUUCGGAACACUUAUCGUAAUGUUAGGAACGCCUCACUACCAGAUGGUCGGUAAAGCUCAGAAAAGCAUAUAAAAAAAGCCGCGUUUUUCUUCAGGAAUUCUACACUUUGCAAUGUUAAGUGAAUAUCGUGCUCGAUUGCCAAAACGAAAAAAAAAGGAAAAUGAGAACACGGGGUUUGCUAAUGCUCCAAGUACCUGGUUAAAACUCAUAAAAGCUGUUUUACUAGCGCUUAUCUUAACUCAGCCGAAUCUUUAUCAAGAACUUUUGACACUGCGUAUAGGAUGUUACGUGCUCGAAGUUGUUUAAAACCACAGCUUAAGUCCAAUAUUCGAAGACUACAUUUACAAAGUUUUUCUUAGAAUCUUGAUCCAUAGUUAUCAGCAUAUCUUUACUUUCGCAGCUCGAACACCAGAAAAAGAAAGUUAAUUUGAGAGGUGUUACGGCCAACUGCAUGGUUUACGCAAUAUACAAUGGAAGCUACGAAAGCUUCCUACGUGUGCACAUUUUACUAUUGAAGAGUCGGUUUUACACUGGUCUCAUCACAUUAGCGUUUCUUUUUCACCGGAUAAGACCUUGAUAAGAAUGUUCACCGAAAUAGUAGAGAGUCAAACAGUUGCACAUCAGUGUCGCGAUGCUUCAUUUUCAUUGAAAGCUGGGGCUUCGAACACCUAGACUGCAAUACUUCAAGAAAAGGUGUGGAUUAAUCAAUUUUCAACAUUUAUAAUCUAAGCACUGUUACAGUAAUGCAUCUUCAAGGACGACACGUGAUUGCUGCUCUUAUCAUUCGUAAUUUUACUCAUGAAAAAAGAAGGAUGACGUAGCUAAAUGAGUCCUGCGGAAAUCCUGCGGACAAGGAAGCUUAUACGGAUGGCCCUUACCUCAGUUUGUGCUGCUCAGUGAAUUCUAUUUGUCGUUAAGAGGCACAAAAGAGAAUACCUUUCCGCAUUGACAGACAUUCCGCUGACAGGCUUCCCUCGAGUUUAACACGAGCGCAUUUUGAUUACGACUGAAAGACGUGCGUUUAAGGCAUAUCUUAUUAUUUCUUUAUGGGACCACAGACCACAUUGUUCUCAAGCACGCGCUCUCGUAUCUGUGUUUAGGUUUUCAGUACGGUUCAAGUAGAUGGCGAAGCUGACUGUUCCUACAUUACCUCGGCGCGAUUUGUGACGUAAA